GUGAGCAGAUUUUUACUGCAAGAGUUUGGGAGGGGUGUGCUGGCUGCAGCUAGCUGGAUCGUAGUGUAGCAGCAAUAAUGGCAGAGGCUGGCCCGGUCAUCGAGAUAGAGGUGAAUGUAAAGGGAGACACAGCUGUCGUAGGGAGGCCCACGGUCCUGAAUGUCUCCGGAAAGGGCCGCAGAAGGUCCUCGAACCCACGCGGUGAGACUCCACGGGGGAUACCUCAGGUUCUGAAGGAGCUCCUGACCAGCCGCCGCCCACGCAUGUUCUCCAACACCUCUCACACCUCCCCCUCCUCCAGCGCCGAAUACAUCCCCUCACCACACACUGGGGAGGAGACGUCAGACUACCCCGAGAGAGAAGAUGCAAAGGUUUUGAAGAUUGGCUCACUACACAAGACAUCACAAUCGCGUCGGCCCAAUUCCGAACCAGGCCCAACCAGACAGAGGAGAUUCAGACUCACUCCCGAAGCUCUGGAGUACUUUCAACAUUUCAGCCACGUGAAGAUUCGACGUAACUACCCUCUCACUAGUCUGGAGGAGAUGGAGUAUCCAGUCGAUGGAGAUAAGCAGGAAAUGAAGCUCUACUUUGCCUCUUACGUCAUGACUCUAAGAUCUGAUAGUGAAAGUGAUGCCGGGGAAUGGGCGGAAAUGAUCAGAAACGGAAGACGGAAUCAUAACUCUAUAUAAUUAUGUGGUGCCUUAAUUAUAGCAUGGAAAGAGUGGCAGCUGCCAACACCUUGCGAGGUUGAAGUGAUGGGCAUGGCUGUACCGGCGACCCCUCCCCCCACUCUCCACCCCAUUGCCGAGGUCGAUGAAACUCUCUCAGCUGGGCACCCAUCCCAAGGUCCCCAAUCUCCCACCACUGAACACAUCGGAUCUCCGCCUCCUCCCCCCUCCACCCCCUCCCUCCGGCCCCUCCCCCAACUCCGCUCCGUUAGAGCGACCUCGCAGCAACACCCACACAGGGUUCCUCCGCCGAGAGAGCACAGAGAGCGAGUUCCCCACGUACGACAAGAGACGACAGCGCAAGAUACGAGGUCUCUUCAGAAACAAUGCUGGACCUAGAGGGCCUCAGCUGCAGAAACAGCAGCCUCACACUGCAGACUCUCUCUCUUCCAAGCUCCAUGUGGAGCACGCCAUGAUCAAGUACCCUCGCUCCCGGUGGUCCAUACCGGCCGAGAAAGUUGUCAGCCUCGACAAAGACAACUUGGUGGUGGUCUGGAAACAUCAUGAGAGAGACUUUUUCAAGAGAAAAUCGGCCACCACUAGACAUAAGCUUAGAAGCUACUUGAGCCUUAGCAAAGUACUGGAGGUGAGGAAGGGGCAGUUGACCGAGAAAUUCGACCAGUUUCCGUACGAAGAAGUCGAGGAACAGUCAUUCUCCCUCAUCUUUGAGCAGGUGACCAAGCGUUAUGUCCGGCUGAGCUCCCUGGACCUCAUUUGUGACAGUCCUGAGAAGUGUGAGGACUGGAUUCAUGGACUGAGGGAGACAACUAACCACCUCUCCUGCAGUAUAUUCCCCUCUGAACACUAUGAAAGCACAGACCCAACAAUUGUCUGGCUGAAGCAGUUAUGGGCAGUGUCAGAGUGCGACCAUGAGCUCCCGCAGAAGGCUGCCAUGGAGAUCCUGACCAUAUUUCGACCCGGAACAAUCCCGAUCAAGUGUCGGCAGAUAAUCAGGGACAGUCAUCAUUAUCAGUUUCGGCACACUUACCUCCACGGGAACGCUCUGCGCUGGGACGGCUUCGUCCUCAUGCUGAAUAUCUUGUUGGGUAACACCGGAAGGUUGGGUGCUCUGUUCAAGCAGUAUGCAGUCAAGUACCCAAAUCUGGGAAUGACGGAGGACGAGUUUAGAACCUUUCUCAGGAAAGAAUGCCUGUGGCCAGAGUCCCACUGCUCUCCCCCUGAGCUCCAGGCCCUCAUUGCCCACCACGACUACCACCACAGGGCCUACAAGAAAUACGUGGCUCGGGGGAUUCCCCUCGACUACCAGAUCGGUUCCAGCCUCCUCUCCUACGCAGGGUUCCUCAGCUUCCUUCGCAGUAAAGACAACUCUCCGAUCAUUUUGGAGCACACGACAGGUUUCAUGGACAUGACGCAGCCUCUCUCUCACUACUUCAUCAUUCAGUCACAACACGUACCUCGAGGCCGACCAGCUGUACGGGAAGUCUUCGACAGAUGCCUACAUCAGAGCCCUGCUCCAGGGCUGUCGCUGCAUCGAGAUUGACUGCUGGGACGACAGUUUCAACGUGACAGGAGUGGGCGAGCCGCUUAUCUACCACGGCUACACCCUCACCACCAAGCUACCGUUCAGAGAGGUCAUUCAGACCAUCAGGGAGUAUGCCUUCACGGCCUCUCUCUACCCUCUCAUCAUCUCCAUUGAAAACCACUGCUCCUCUGCCCAGCAGGCUAAGAUGGCCAAAAUCUUCCAGAGUGUGAUGGGUGACGUUCUACCCAAAGGAAACCUGUGCGAGAAGGAGAAUAGAGAGAGACUCCCUUCGCCUCAAGAGCUGCAGGGAAAAAUCAUCCUCAAGGGCUCUUUCAAGCUACAGAGAGCUGGCGCGGCUCCACGAAGAGCACCCAGACAGGACACCCAGUUACAGUCCCUCUCAACCAUAGCACCAGAAGAGUCGCUGGCUGUGUCUCCCACCAACAAGGAGCCUCCAUCUCCAUCAGGCCUGGAGUCAACUGCAGUGGCUCUGCUCCAGUCCAAGCAACAGCUGCCUUCCAGGAGGUCCCUCCACCGCUCCAAGUCCUCCGUCCACCGGAAUCAUCGCCAGAAGAUGAAGGAGUCAGUCAGCGACCUCGAAAGGAGUGGACGGCUGGAGUCUACUGUCUACCAGGACGACGACCAGGAACUCAUCUUCUCUGAAACAGUGGGGGACAUGAAGAGUCUCAUUCUAUACUGUCGCGCCAUCUCUCUCCGGCCGUGGAGCUUCGACCGGCAGUCUCAGACCCCAGUCAGCAACAUGUUCUCCUUUGGAGAGCCUUCUGCCAUUCGCCGCUGUGAAAAGUAUCCUAUUGAGAUGCUGGCCUGCACGGAGCGGCAGCUGGUGAGGACGUAUCCUCGAGGGACCAGAUUUGACUCGGCCAACUAUCCCGCCAUGACCAUGUGGCAGUGUGGCGUUCAGAUGGUGGCCCUCAACUUCCAGUACCCUGACGUCCACAUGCACCUGAACCAGGGACUAUUUCGACUCAACGAGGGGUGUGGCUACGUCCUAAAGCCAAAGGUGAUGAGACUACCAAACCAGGAGGUGGAGUUUGAUCCGAGAAUGACCACACCCAUCCCGACAUCACCCCCGUCAAUCUGGAAAUUGAGCUGUUGUCAGGCCAGAGGUUGUGCUACUGGGAGAGAAGGUGUCUCAGUUGUGCAGUAGACAUUCAUACCUAUGGCAUCCGCCACGACACGGACACCUCCUCCAUGUCCACUGCCACUGCACAGAGUACAGAUCUCCCGUGGCCUCAGUGGGACGAAGGCCAGCAUGUUCUGAAGAAGAGGAUCCUAAUGCCCGAGCUCUGUCUUGUCUACUUCAGAGUGGAGGUCACUAGAGGAGCCCGAGCUUCUCGCAAGACCAAUGUCUACGGCCAGAACUGCAUCCCUCUCAUCAGUCUGCUACCAGGGAUCAAGUACGUUCCUCUGAGAACACCUGGAGGUGAGCUAAUCCCAGAAUCAGGCCUCUUCUUGAGGAUCAAGAAGGAGGAGGAGGACUCGCGGCGGACCGACCCCCUGCAAAGGAAGGCGGGGCAGGAGAGGGGUGGAGCCAAAAGGGGCGUGGCACAACAAGGCGGAAACUGACCCCCCAGCGGGAACUAUCUGGAGACCCUGAGGUGGAUGUGAAUGAGUCAAUAUUCCCAUCGUCAACUGUACGAGAGAGACUGACCAACGGCAGCAGACAUCUGGACUAUGAGUAUGAUGAAGAGGAAGAAGACGAUGACGAUGAGUUCAAGGUUCAACGCUCGGCCACAAGCCCCCCGCUAUUAGAGUCAAUCACCAGACCACGCCCACUGAGAGAGUCAUCACCUAGCAACGACCAGGGUCAAACUCACACUCCAAAAAUCCGAGACGAAGGAAAGCAGAAUGUGAGGGAGAUAAGAAUUUCAGCCGAAGUCCACGAUUUGAAAUCGUCAAGUCUUUACUCUCCCACACAACAAGCCGCUGGCAACAAGCCUCAACUGCUCAGCAUCGAGCCAACUGCGACAGAGUUGGAGGGAGGAAGAGGGGGAGAGGGAGGGGAAAUCGAACUUGAAAUUGAAGUGGCUGGAACAAAAACUUUCUCCCUAAAAUUUAGCGAGGAUGAUGUGUAGCUAGAUUAUUUUUGCUUGACCAGAAACAUUUUUAUUGCUCUGAACAACAUAGUUUAUAAUGUCAUAUUCCAUUCCUAAUUUAUGACGUCCUGUUCCGAUUUCCCGUUAUUCCAUACCGUCAUGAUUCCAAACCACGCGCCGUUUGUGCGACUUGAAGGCGGCGCCUAGUGUGUUCAUGGACGCGACUAGCCCUCCUGUUCCGGGCUUCGUGCCCGGCGAGCGAGACUUGGCCCGCUCCGAGGAAGAGGAGAAGCUGCUGAAGAAGAUUCGAGAAGAAAAGGAGCGCCUCUGGUGCGAGAUUCAGGAAUUGAGGAGACAGAUCAUAGACAUUGACAACGAGUUGUGUGCCUUGGACGAGGCGAACGACGAGGAGGUCCGGGCCGAGAAAGAGAAACAGCGUGUCAUUAGGAACGGUCGCAACAAAUUCAACACCAGCCCCAAAGAGGUUCGGGUGUAAAGUUUCUGCAAGCUCAGGGAAGACUGGGAGAGUCAGCAGAGGCGGUUGCUGUGUUUCUCUUCAAGGGAGAACUGCUCAACAAGAGGAAGAUUGGGGACUAUCUUGGAGAGGGGUAAGUAAGGCCCUGUACUAAAGUAGAACCCCUUAUCCGACACUAAUGCGACUGAAGAAAGUGUCCAUAUUAGUGAAGUGUCCUGCAAGAACUUUUGGGGAA